AUAAACGGGUAUUUAAUCCGCUGGCAGAUGUGCGUUUCUAUCAGAGCUCCGGCACAAGAUUUAAUCAUUUCCUCGGUGUACCAAAGAGCAAAGACGUUGUCGAGGUCGACUGCUGCCAGAUUUGAAGUUAAUCUUCACAACGGACCCAUGUUUGCGCACAGUUGAGCCCGUGCGCUCUCGGUCUCUCGGUACCGUUAUGUCCUGGGAGCACCGCGGGAGGGAUGCUCAUUCACGGUGACUUAUUCUGGAAAGUGAUGCCCAGUUAGCACCUAUGGAUGUGAGGAUGGGUGACUCCCACCAGUACGAGUGCAGCAUGCUGAAGGGGACAGGUGUGAGCUUCAUCCUGCUGUGUCUGAUGGCAGAGGUCAGUCUCAGCGCGCAGCAGGUCUUGAGAAUCGGUGGGAUUUUCGAGACACUUGAGAAUGAACCGAUUAGCGUGGAAGAACUUGCCUUCAAAUUCGCUGUAACCAACAUUAACAGAAACAGAACUUUAAUGCCCAACACCACCCUCACCUACGACAUCCAGAGAAUCAACCUGUUCGACAGCUUCGAGGCCUCCAGACGAGCCUGUGAUCAGCUGGCUCUCGGUGUGGCCGCCGUGUUCGGCCCGUCCCACAGUUCUUCAGUGAGUGCAGUCCAGUCCAUCUGCAACGCUCUGGAGGUUCCUCACAUCCAGACCCGCUGGAAACACCCAUCUGUGGACAACAAGGACAGUUUCUACAUCAACCUGUACCCAGAUUACGCCUCCAUCAGCCGCGCCGUGCUCGACAUCGUGCAGUUCUACAAAUGGAAAGCAGUGACGGUGGUGUACGAGGAUGCAACAGGGCUAAUUCGUCUUCAGGAGUUGAUCAAGGCUCCGUCACGCUACAGCAUCAAAAUCAAAAUCCGACAGUUACCGAUGGGAAGUAAAGAUGCUCGGCCGCUUCUUAAAGAAAUGAAGAAGGGGAAAGAGUUUUGUGUCAUCUUUGACUGCUCAUACCAGACUGCAGCAGACGUCCUCAAACAGCUCUUGUCUAUGGGCAUGAUGACUGAAUAUUACCAUUUCUUCUUUACCACUCUGGAUCUGUUUGCAUUGGACCUGGAGCCGUACCGAUACAGUGGCGUGAACAUGACGGGUUUCCGUCUGCUCAACAUCGACAACACUCAUGUGGCGUCAGUGGUGGAGAAAUGGUCCAUGGAGCGACUGCAGGCUCCACCCAAACCCGAGACCGGCCUGCUGGACGGAAUGAUGACAUCUGAAGCAGCGCUGAUGUAUGACGCUGUGUAUAUGGUCGCUGCUGCGUCCCAGCGAGCGUCUCAGGUCACCGUCAGCUCACUGCAGUGUCACCGACACAAACCCUGGCGCUUCGGCUCACGAUUCAUCAGCAUGCUCAAAGAGGCUCAGUUGAACGGACUGACCGGACAGAUCAUCAUAAACAAGACAGACGGCCUGAGGAAAGACUUCGACCUCGACAUCAUCAGUCUGAAAGAGGACGGGAUGGAAAAGCAGUUUAUGGAAAGUGGUCGUUUUAACAAAGUAUGGAAGAAGAUCGGUGUGUGGAACUCAAACACUGGCCUUAACCUGACAGACAGCAACAAAGACAAAAACACCAACGUCACCGACUCCAUGGCCAACCGCACGCUCAUCGUCACCACAAUUCUGGAAAACCCAUAUGUGAUGUACAAGAAGUCAGAUAAGCCUCUGUAUGGGAACGAUCGGUUUGAAGGCUACUGUUUGGAUCUCCUGAAGGAGUUGUCCAACAUCCUAGGCUUUUCCUAUGAAGUCAAACUGGUGUCUGAUGGGAAAUAUGGAGCUCAGAAUGACAAAGGAGAGUGGAACGGCAUGGUCCGAGAGCUGAUCGAUCAUGUGGCAGAUUUGGCCGUGGCGCCGCUCACCAUCACUUACGUGCGAGAGAAAGUCAUCGAUUUUUCCAAGCCCUUCAUGACUCUGGGAAUCUCUAUACUCUACCACAAACCCAAUGGCACCAAUCCAGGCGUCUUCUCCUUCCUGAACCCCCUCUCUCCGGACAUCUGGAUGUAUGUGCUGCUGGCCUGCCUCGGGGUCAGCUGUGUGCUGUUCGUCAUUGCCAGGUUCACCCCGUAUGAAUGGUACAACCCUCAUCCCUGCAACCCUGAUCCAGAUGUUGUUGAGAACAACUUCACCUUAAUCAACAGCGUUUGGUUUGGUGUUGGAGCUCUUAUGCAGCAAGGAUCGGAGUUGAUGCCCAAGGCUUUGUCCACCAGGAUUGUUGGAGGUAUCUGGUGGUUCUUCACCCUCAUCAUCAUCUCGUCCUACACGGCUAACCUGGCUGCCUUCCUCACCGUGGAGCGAAUGGAUUCGCCCAUAGACUCGGCCGAUGAUCUGGCCAAGCAGACCAAGAUUGAGUAUGGUGCUGUGAGGGACGGGUCUACUAUGACUUUCUUUAAGAAAACAAUAGUUUUGGCUCUUAAUUCUGAUUAUGAAAUGAUAGUUAUGGUCCUGGAUGCUGACUGGUGA